CCCCAGAACGAACACAUUGAGUUACAUCGCAAGCGCCAUGGCCAGCGCCUGGACCAUCAGGAGAGGAAGAGGAAGAAGGAGAGCCGUGAGGCCCAUGAGCGCUCACAUAAAGCCAGGAAGAUGAUUGGUCUGAAGGCCAAACUCUACCACAAACAGAGGCACUCUGAGAAGAUCCAAAUGAAAAAGACGUGAGUAUAUAGUCAUACACUACCAUGCUGCAGCACCCUCUGAAAAAUCAGAAUAAAAUGUACAAAAUCUUACCGAAAGUAGUGCGCUGGGCCUUUACUAGUCCUGUAUUAAUGGACCAAUAUAGCUGUCUGUAGCGCGGGCAAACAAAUGUUUCCUUUGCCAUUGCCGCUGUUUGUUGACCGCUAUGUAUCACCACAGCCUCAAAAUGCACGAACAGAGGAAGACCAAGCAGAAGAACGACGACAAGACGCCUGAGGGAGCAGUUCCAGCCUACCUGCUGGACAGAGAGGGACAGUCACGCGCCAAGAUCCUCUCCAACAUGAUCAAACAGAAGAGGAAGGAGAAGGCUGUGAGUAUUCAAUGCCUUUCUUUUACAUGUUUGUGUUUUCGUCAUCAUCUCCCUGAAGACCGGUAAUAGUGUACAGUGAGGGGAAAAAGUAUUUGAUCCCCUGCUGAUUUUGUAUGUUUGCCCACUGACAAAGAAAUGGUCAGUCUAUAAUUUUAAUGGUAGGUUUAUUUGAACAGUGAGAGACAGAAUAACAACAAAAAAAUCCAGAAAAACGCAUGUCAAAAAUGUUAUAAAUUGAUUUGCAUUUUAAUGAGGGAAAUAUUCCAGCCUUGUGUAGGUCUACAAUCUUGUCCCUGACAUACUUGGAGAGCUCUUUGGUCUUGGCCAUGGUGGAGAGUUUGGAAUCUGAUUGAUUGAUUGCUUCUGUGGACAGGUGUCUUUUAUACAGGUAACAAGCUGAGAUUAGGAGCACUCCCUUUAAGAGUGUGCUCCUAAUCUCAACUCGUUAUCUGUAUAAAAGACACCUGGGAGCCAGGAAUCUUUCUGAUUGAGAGGGGGUCAAAUACUUAUUUCCCUCAUUUAAAAUGCAAAUAAAUUUAAAACAUUUUUGACAUGCAUUUUUCUGGAUUUUUUUGUUGUUAUUCUGUCUCUCACUGUUCAAAUAAACCUACCAUUGAAAUUAUAGACUAAUCAUGUCUUUGUUAGUGGGCAAACAUACAAAAUAAGCAGGGGAUCAAAUACUUUUUUCCCCUCACUGUAUGUCUGGACAGAUUCUCUUGUAAAAGGGAACAAUACCUAGCUGAAUCCUGACUAAUUGUUUCAAAUGUCAACUUAAUACUGUAUGGACGGGUUUCCAGCACUCUCAUAUUAAGCCUAGUCCUGGACCUAAAUGCACUUUCAAUGAAAUUGGACCUAUGUGUGCAAAGGCCAUGCCAGUUUAGUUGAAAUACAGGUUUUUAAAGGCAUCCUGAAAUUGUAUCUGAUCCGAUCUUCUAUUUCUCCCUGUAGGGUAAAUGGGAGGUGCCCCUGCCCAAGGUUCGGGCCCAGGGGGAGACGGAGGUGCUCAAAGUAAUCCGUACAGGCAAGAGGCAGAAAAAGGCCUGGAAGAGGAUGGUGACCAAAGUGUGCUUCGUAGGCGACAACUUCACCCGCAAGCCUCCCAAAUAUGAACGCUUCAUCAGACCCAUGGUAAGGAGGAUAACGCCACUACUCACUAGCAUACUGUGUGUGUGUGUGUGUAUAUACAGUACAUUCGGAAAGUAUUCAGACCCCUUCCCCUUUUCCACAUUUAGUUACAUUACAGCCUUAUUCUAAAAUUGAUUAAAUUAAAUUGUUACCUCAUCAAUCUACACACAAUACCCAAUAAGGACAAAGCAUAACCAGGUUUUUAGAAAUGUUUGCAAAUGUAUAAAAAAAAUAAACUGCUCCCUUAUUAACAUAAGUAUUCAGACCCUUUGCUAUGAGACUCGAAAUUGAGCUCAGGUGCAUCCUUUUUUCAUUGAUCAUCCUUGAGAUGUUUCUACAACUUUAUUGGAGUCCACCUGUGGUAAAUUCAAUUGAUUGGACAUGAUUUGGAAAGGCACACACCUGUCUAUAUAAGGUCCCACAGUUGACAGUGCAUGUCAGAGCAAAAACCAAGCCGUGAGGUCGAAGUAUUUGUCCAUAGAGCUCAGAGACAGGAUUGUGUCGGCACAGAUCUGGGGAAGGGUACCAAAAAAGUUCUUAAAUGGAAGAAGUUUGGAACCACCAAGACUCUUCCUAGCACUGGCCGCCCGGCCAAACUGAGCAAUCGGGGGAGAAGGGCCUUGGUCAGGGAGGUGACCAAGAACCCGAUGGUCACUUUGACAGAGCUCCAGAGUUCCUCUGUGGAGAUGGUAGACCCUUCCAGAAGGACAACCAUCUCUGCAGCAUUCCAACAAUCAGGCCUUUAUGGUAGAGUAGCCAGACUGAAGCCACUCCUCAGUAAAAGACACAUAACAGCCCGCUUGGAGUUUUCCAAAAGGCACCUAAAGGACUCUCAGACCAUGAGAAACAAGAUUUUCUGGUCUGAUGAAACCAAGAUUGAACUCUUUGGCCUGAAUGCCAAGCGUCACGUAUGGAGGAAACCUGGCACUAUCCCUACGGUGAAGCAUGGUGGUGGCAGCAUCAUGCUGUGAGGAUAUUUUCAGCGGCAUGGACUGGGAGACUAGUCAGGAUCGAGGGAAAGAUGAACAGCGCAAAAUACAGAGAGAUCCUUGAUGAAAACCUGCUCCAGAGCACUCAGGACCUCAGACUGGGGUGAAGAUUCACCUUCCAACAGGACAACGACCCUAAGCACACAGCCAAGACAACGCAGGAGUGGCUUCGGGACAAAUCUCUGAAUGUCCUUGAGUGGCCCAGCCAGAGCCUGGACUUGAACCCGAUCGAACAUCUCUGUAGUGACCUGAAAGUAGCUGUGCAGCAACACUGUCCAUCCAACCUGACAGAGCUUGAGAGGAUCUGCAGAGAAGAAUGGGAUAAACACCCCAAAUACAGGUGUGCCAAGCUUGUAGCGUCAUACCCAAGAAGACUCGAGGCUGUAAUCGCUACAAAAGGUGCUUCAACAGAGUACUGAGUAAAGGGUCUGAAUGCUUAUGUAAAUUUGAUAUUUUAGUAGCUUUCUUUUGUAUAUAAAUUUGCAAACAUUUCUAAAAACCUGUUUUUGCUUUGUUAUUAUGGGGUAUUGUGUGUAGACUGAUGAGGGGAAAAAACGAUGUACAGUGGGGAAAAAAAGUAAUUAGUCAGCCACAAAUUGUGCAAGUUCUCCCACUUAAAAAGAUGAGAGUGGCCUGUAAUUUUCAUCAUAGGUACACGUCAACUAUGACAGACAAAUUGAGAAAAGAAAAUCCAGAAAAUCACAUUGUAGGAUUUUUAAUGAAUUUAUUUGCAAAUGAUGGUGGAAAAUAAGUAUUUGGUCACCUACAAACAAGCAAGAUUUCUGGCUCUCACAGACCUGUAACUUGUUCUUUAAGAGGCUCCUCUGUCCUCCACUCGUUACCUGUAUUAAUGGCACCUGUUUGAACUUGUUAUCAGUAUAAAAGACACCUGUCCACAACCUCAAACAGUCACACUCCAAACUCCACUAUGGCCAAGACCAAAGAGCUGUUAAAGGACACUAGAAACAACAAUGUAGACCUGCACCAGGCUGGGAAGACUGAAUCUGCAAUAGGUAAGCAGCUUGGUUUGAAGAAAUCAACUGUGGGAGCAAUUAUUAGGAAAUGGAAGACAUACAAGACCACUGAUAAUCUCCCUCGAUCUGGAGCUCCACGCAAGAUCUCACCCCGUGGGGUCAAAAUGAUCACAAGAACGGUGAGCAAAAAUCCCAGAACCACACGGGGGGACCUAGUGAAUGACCUGCAGAGAGCUGGGACCAAAGUAACAAAGCCUACCAUCAGUAACACACUACGCCGCCAGGGACUCAAAUCCUGCAGUGCCAGACGUGUCCCCCUGCUUAAGCCAGUACAUGUCCAGGCCCGUCUGAAGUUUGCUAGAGUGCAUUUGGAUGAUCCAGAAGAGGAUUUGGAGAAUGUCAUAUGGUCAGAUGAAACCAAAAUAGAACUUUUUGGUAAAAACUCAACUCGUCGUGUUUGGAGGACAAAGAAUGCUGAGUUGCAUCCAAAGAACAUCAUACCUACUGUGAAGCAUGGGGGUGGAAACAUCAUGCUUUGGGGAUGCUUUUCUGCAAAGGGACCAGGACGACUGAUCCGUGUAAAGGAAAGAAUGAAUGGGGCCAUGUAUCGUGAGAUUUUGAGUGAAAAGCUCCUUCCAUCAGCAAGGGCAUUGAAGAUGAAACGUGGCUGGGUCUUUCAGCAUGACAAUGAUCCCAAACACACCGCCCGGGCAACGAAGGAGUGGCUUCGUAAGAAGCAUUUCAAGGUCCUGGAGUGGCCUAGCCAGUCUCCAGAUCUCAACCCCAUAGAAAAUCUUUGGAGGGAGUUGAAAGUCCGUGUUGCCCAGCGACAGCCCCAAAACAUCACUGCUCUAGAGGAGAUCUGCAUGGAGGAAUGGGCCAAAAUACCAGCAACAGUGUGUGAAAACCUUGUGAAGACUUACAGAAAUCGUUUGACCUGUGUCAUUGCCAACAAAGGGUAUAUAACAAAGUAUUGAGAAACUUUUGUUAUUGACCAAAUACUUAUUUUCCACCAUAAUUAGCAAAUAAAUUCAUUAAAAAUCCUACAAUGUGAUUUUCUGGAAAAAAAAUCUCAUUUUGUCUGUCAUAGUUGACGUGUACCUAUGAUGAAAAUUACAGGCCUCAUCUUUUUAAGUGGGAGAACUUGCACAAUUGGUGGCUGACUAAAUACUUUUUUCCCCCACUGUAAUACAUUUUUGAAUGAGGCUGUAACGAAAGUGAAGGGGUCUGAAUACAUUUUCCAAAUGCACUGUAUAUAUGUGUAUAUGAACAUACUGUUAAGGCUCUGAACAAACAGAGCAGAAACUCAAACGGAUGACUAGAAAAAGCUCAAACCAAGUCAUCUCCUUGGAUGUCUAAGAUAAACACUCCUUCUCUGUUAGGCAGAAACACAGUAGGUUCCUCUUACUGGUAUUGUCAUGGCCCUGGGUGUGGAAAUGUGUGCGUGAGAGGACUGUAAUCAGAUGGUCUUCUGGGUGGGCCCCUGUGGCCCCCCUCCCAGCAGUGUCUGUUGACCUUAUCGCGAGUUGAGUGCCACAUCCCUCAUGGUCCUGGUUCCGCAGCAACUGGCUUGGCUGUUGACCUUUGCCUCCCUCCUUAGGAACAUUCAUAUUCAACAAUAAUAUAUUUGAACAGAGUAUGAACUUUCUGCACUUCCCCUUUUCUCACUCAGUAACUUUCCAUAUCACUCAGUAACUUUCCACACACAAAGUUCCUCUUUACCCUUCCUUGACCCAUAUCAUAUACAUUCUGUAUACAUGUGAAAUAAUAAGUUAUGGUAUAAAGUGUUGGGUUCAUGAGCUGAAAAAAAAGAAAUCCCAGAAAUGUUCCAUACACACAAAAAGCUUAUUUAGCUAAAAUGCUGAGCUGUAUUUCUUUCAUAAAGCCCUUUUGUGUUGAAAAAUCUUUCUGAUUGGCUCUCCAGUGGGUGGGCCUCUUCCCACCCAUAGUUGCACCCCUGCCCAGUCAUGUGAAAGAUUAUGGCCUAAUGAAUUUAUUUCAAUUGAUUUCCUUAUUAACUGUAACUCAGUAAAAUCUUUGAAAUUGUUGCAUAUUGUGUUUUAUAUUUUUGUUCAGUGUGUGUACACUACGUACCUAAAGUAUGUGGACACCUGCUCAUUCCAAAAUAAUGGGAAGGAUUUCCACUAGAUGUUGGAACAUUGCUGCUGGGACUAGCUUCCAUUCAGCCAUGAGCAUUCGUGAGGUCGGCCACUGAUGUUGGGUGAUUAGGCCUGGCUUGCAGUCGGCGUUCCAAUUCAUCCCAAAGGUGUUCGAUGGGGUUGAGGUCAGGGCUCUGUGCAGGCCAGUCAAGUUCUUCCACACCGAUCUUGACAAAACAUUUCUGUAUGGGUCCCCUGUAGCUCAGUUGGUAGAGCAUGGCGCUUGCAACGCCAGGGUUGUGGGUUCGUUUCCCACGGGGGCCAGUAUGAAAAUGUAUGCACUCACUAACUGUAAGUCGCUCUGGAUAAGAGCGUCUGCUAAAUGACAAAAAAAUUAUAAUAAUGUAUGGGUCUCGCUUUGUGCACGGGGGCAUUGUCAUGAUGAAACAGGAAAGGGCCUUCCCCAAACUGUUGCCACAAAAAGUUGGAAGCACAGAAUCUUUUAGAAGGUAGCGUAAAGACUUCCUUUCACUGGAACUAAUGGGGCUAGCACCAAACCAUGAAAGACCGCCCCAGACCAUUAUUCCUCUUGAACCAAACAUUACAGUUGGCACUGUGCAUUUGGGCAGGUAGCGUUCUCCUGGUGGACUGCCAGAUGGUGAAGUGUGAUUCAUCACUCCAGAGAACGCGUUUCCACUGCUCCAAUGGCAGCGAGCUUUACACCACUCCAGCCGAUGCUUGGCAUUGCGCAUUGUGAUCUUUGGCUUGUGUGCGGCUUCCCGGCCAUGGAAACCCAUUUCAUGAAGCUCCCGACGAACCGUUCUUGUGCUGACGUUGCUUCCAAAGACCGUUUGGAACUCGGUAGUGAGUGUCGCAACCGAGGACAGGUGAUUUUUACGUGCUUCAGCACUCGGCGGUCCCGUUCUGUGAGCUUGUUCCUAGAUGUUUCCACUUCACAAUAACAGCACUUACAGUUGACCGGGGCAGCUUUAGGAAGGCAGAAAUUUUACAAACUGACUUGUUGGAAAGGUGGCAUCCUAUGACAGUGCCACAAUUAAAGUCACUGAGCUCUUCAAUAAGGCCAUUCUACUGUCAAUGUUUGUCAAUGGAUGUUGCAUGGCUGUGUGCUGGAUUUUAUACACCUGUCAGCAACGGGUGUGGCUGAAAUAGCCCAAUCCACUAAUUUGAAUAGGUGUCCAUAUACUUUUGUAUAUUUAGUGUAUGUAUACGUGUGUGUAUAUCUGUGUAUGUAUACAGUGCAUACGGAAAGUAUUCAGACCCCUUCACUUUUUCCACAUUUUGUUACAUUACAGCCUUAUUCUAAAAUGGAUGAAGUUGUUUUUUUCCCCUCAUCAAUCUACACAAAAUUCCCCAUAAUGACAAAGCAAAAAUGUUUUUUUAGACAUUUUUUCAAAUUUAUGGAGGGGGGAAACCGAUACCUUAUUUACAUAAGUAUUCUGGAGCAGGUUUUCAUCAAGGAUCUCUCUGUACUUUGCUCGUUCAUCUUUCCCUUGAUCCUGACUAGUCUCCUAGUCCCUGCCACUGAAAAACAUCCCCACCGCAUGCUGCCACCACCAUGCUUCACCGUAGGGAUGGUGCCAGGUUUCUUCCAGACGUGACGCUUGGCAUUAAGAUCGAAAAAGUUCAAUCUUGGUUUCAUCAGACCAGAGAAUCUUGUUUCUCAUGGUCAGAGUCCUUUAAGGUGCCUUUUGGAGAGCUCCAAGUGGGCUGUCAUGUGCCUUUCACUGAGGAGUGGCUUCCGUCUGGCCACUCUACCAUAAAGGCCUGAUUGGUGGAGUGCUGCAGAGAUUGUUGUCCUUCUGUAAGGUUCUCCCAUCUCAACACAGGAACUCUGGAGCUCUGUCAGUGACCAUUGGGUUCUUGGUCACCUCCCUGACCAAGGCCCUUCUCCCCGGAUUGCUCAGUUUGGCCGGGCGGCCAGCUCUAGGAAGAGUCUUGUUGGUUCCAAACUUCUUCCAUUUAAAAAUGGAGGCCACUGUGUUCUUGGGGACCUUUUAAUGCUGCAGACAUUUAUUGGUACCCUUCCCCACAUCUGUGCCUUGACACAAUCCUGUCUCCGAGCGCUACGGACAAUUCCUUCGACCUCAUGGCUUGGUUUUUGCUCUGACAUGCACUGUCAACUGUGGGACCUUAUAUAGACAGGUGUGUGCCUUUCCAAAUCAUGUCCAAUCAAUUGAAUUUACCACAGAUGGACUCCAAUCAAUUUAUAGAAACAUCUCAAGGAUGAUCAAUGGAAACAGGAUGCACCUGAGCUCAAUUUCGAGUCUCAUAGGAAAGGGUCUGAAUACUUAAGUAAAUAAGGUAUUUCAGUUUUUUUUUAUAUAUAUAUAAAUUUGCUCACAUUUCUAAACCUGUUUUCGCUUUGUAAUUAUGGGGUAUUGUGUGUAGAUUGGGGGGGAUAUCAUUUAAAUAAAUUUUAGAAUAAGGCUGUAACGUAACAAUGUGGGAAAAGUCAAGGGGUCUGAAUACUUUCCGAAUGCACUGUAUAUGUGUGUUAGGGCUGGGCAAUAUGGCCUAAAACUUAAUUUCUCCAUAAAAAAAAAAACAACAACAAUUAUUCUCUAAAUAAGCUUUGUUGUGCAAUUAAAGGUCAAAUACACUGAAUUUAAAAGUCAGCAAUAAUCUAAUGAAUUCAGAGCUUGUGAAAUCAUACCUAGGCUGAAUAUAUGCCUUCCACAACCAUAAAACACUAAUGUAAUGAUUUUAUCAAAAUAGUUGUACCUGCUUUUUUUUAUGCAAUUAUCACUGACACUGACAAUUACUGGCUUUCAGGUCUGUCUAUAAAAAUGUCCUUUUUGUUACAAAUUUAACCAGAACCAUGCAUAAUGCACAUUCAAUAAUAAUGUAGCAGGCAUUAUAGAAAAUGAACACCGGUCUCAUAAACAAGCCCACGUGCCAGUGAGUAGCCAGCUAAUAUUUCUAUUUCAAGUUUAGCCAACUUAGAUCUAGGUAUAAUUUCACAAGCUCUAUGAACACAACCUUCUGACUGUUUGAACAGCAUGCUAGCCUGUCCACUUUGUUCAGAUGUUGAAAUUAAGUGGCCUACCUUAUUUCUCAGAAUGAGUACGAGUUGCCAAUUCCUUUUUAUAAUUGUUUUAUGCUUAUUGCACAUUUUAUAAAACCGACUAAACAGCUAGUAUAGCUAUUUUUAUUUGACAAAAAUGCUGCUAGCGAUAUGUGGUACCAUAAUGCGCGUGUGAAAAACUGAGCAUUAAUUUUCCAGAAUGAAACUUAAUUGGUACAUCAGUUUUGGUAGUGUAUGCUCUGCUCGAAAUUUGAGGAGUUAAAACAUAGACACUGUAUGGUUGGAAAGGUUAAUUUAUCCUCUAUUACAGUAAAAUAAUGUCUCCAUGUGUUUCAGUGUCCAUAUGACCCAUUCUCUUGGACCAAACUUCAAAUGCAAAUAUAGCAAGUUGAAACUGUUUGUCAGGGAGGAAGAAGUGAUCUUUCAUAUUUGUUGUUUUGAGUGGUAACCGGUGCCCCCGCACAUUGACUCUGUACCGGUACCCCCUGUAUAUAGCCUCCCGACUGUUUAUUUUAUUUUACUGCUACUCUUUAAUUAUUUGCUAUUUUUUACUUACCUAUUUUUUACUUAACACUUUUUAUUUUCUUAACUGCAUUGUUGGUUAAGGGCUUGUAAGUAAGCAUUUCACUGUAAGGUCUACACCUGUUGUAUUCGGCGCAUGUGGCAAAUCAAAUUUGAUUUUGGUAGGGGGAGGAGCUUGGGAGAAAGAGGCAAAGCGAGAGGUUUCACUCUCGCCAAAAUCUGUCCAAAAUAAGCCCAAUGCGAUUCUAUGUGCUUAUUUUGAACCUACGCUUGUCGCGUUCCUUCCCGCCUUUGGGACAACACCCCCAUUGUUAGGGCGGAUACAUGAGUAUCUCGUCAUUAUGAACAGAUCUCUGGUGUAAAUGUAAAGUUGCACAGAAGGAGCGAACGAGACAAGACCUAAAAGACAACAUGAGAACAAGCGGAUUAAAACAAUUCUGCGAUACAGCCAUUUGGAAUAUCGCGAAAAACAUACAUUCAAGUUAAUGAAGUUAAUUCGAUAUAUCGUCCAGCCCUUAAUGUGUGUAUAUGUAUGCAUGUAUUCUCUAAUAUACAGUAUUUGGCAUGUUGACGCCUUUCUCAGGUAGUUGCAAGGUUGGAUUGAAACUCUGAUGUGUAAACACCCUCCUUAUCACUGUGUGAGCAUCAGAGUAACUUUGACUAUAUUUAACACAUUUAUCAGACUACUGUCUAGAGAGACUUAGUUACAACCAGUGCAUUCAACUAAAUUAGGUAAAACAACUUGACUUAAAUCCUUUUGCUCUUUGGGGACCAAAGGUCAUUGGCAAACUUCCUCCAGUGGGCUCAGUGUUGAGCUGCUUUCUCCCUUUAUUUCAAUGACGUUCCUACUACUUUAAGACUAUAAAAAACGAAAUGGCCUGAAAUAACUCAAUAACUGUCCCCACCCGCCUCUGUCACUUCCUUUCUUCAGGGUCUACGUUUCAAAAAGGCCCAUGUGACCCACCCGGAGCUGAAGGCCACGUUCUGUCUUCCCAUCCUGGGGGUGAAGAAGAACCCCUCGUCACCCCUCUACACCACCCUGGGGGUCAUCACCAAGGGAACCGUGGUAGAGGUCAACGUCAGCGAGCUGGGCCUGGUAACGCAGGGGGGAAAGGUCAUCUGGGGUGAGUCAUCUCCUGUCUUCUCACAUGGCCGCCUAUUGAUAUUUAUCUGGAUCAGUAUGGGCCGGUUUCCCAGACACAGAUUAAGCCUAGUUCUGGACUAAAACGCACUUUCCAUGGAGAUUCUCCAUUAAACAUGCUUCUUAGUCCACGACUAUGGAAACCGGCCCUAUAUAUUUGAUUUAUUUAACCAGGGGGCUGCAUAGCUGCUAGAAUUGUGGGGGUUGGGUUGGUGUUUGUCUGACAUUGCCACAAGGAGAUGCAUACUUUUAUGAAACGGUGCAGAAACAUCUGGCCACACCAGUCUUCUAAUCAAAGUAAAGAAUAAUCAGUGAUGACAAUGUAUUAGCUUUAUUUCACUCCUGACAACACUAAUAUAAACAACUGCAUACAAUCUGUCAGUGCAAUUCCAUUUCUGAAAUUAAGAUUAAAAUGCAUCUUUUUUUUCUCCUCCUCAGGUAAAUACGCCCAG